AUGGAAUAUUUAAAUGGUGGAAGCUUCUACAAGACGAAGUUCAUUUUCCUUUAUCUUCAAUGGCUUCCAUACCCUCCUCCUCCUCUUAUUUUCCCAACUUUUCUUUCUUCAAGUUCACUUCUCUACAGCGCAAAUGCUGUGAGAUCAGCUUAUUGGUUCCCAGACAGUGGCAUUGAAGCCUCAGCCAUAGACUCCACCCUCUUCACCCGCCUUUUCUGCGCUUUUGCUGAUCUUGAUUCCACAACCAACCAAGUCACAAUCUCCUCCUCCAACGAGGUCUCUUUUGCCCAAUUCACGGAAACCGUCCAGCUCAAAAAUCCUUCUGUCAAAACAUUAAUGUCCAUUGGCGGUGGCAAUGCUGACGAGGCAGCGUACACUACCAUGGCUGCACAGGCUCCCUCCCGGAAGAGCUUCAUUGAUUCCUCGAUAAGCUUGGCCCGGUCUUAUGGGUUUCAUGGGCUAGACUUGGACUGGGAGUACCCGAACACCACCUCAGGAAUGACCAAUUUCGGGCUUCUAGUCAAUGAGUGGCGGUCCGCGGUUGCGGCUGAGGCAACAACAUCUGGGAAGCCAGCUCUUUUUUUAACAGCAGCAGUGUAUUACGCGCCGAGUAUUAAAUGGUUGGUGUGA